GUGGAGCUGAGCCUCACCGGGCUCCCGCUGCAAGUCUCGCGGCGCCCCAGCAGCGCGUCCCCGGCCAAGCCCGUGGCCCGCUCCGUCUCGGCCAGCGCCGACGGCAAGCCCCGGCGCAGCCCCCUGGAGGAGGCAGGACUGGGCAGCGCCAGGGCCAUUAACAACCUCCGCAGAUCCAACAGCACCACCCAGGUCAGCCCGCAGGUGAACAGCGCUGCCAGCGCGGAGCAGAGCAGAGACUUCUUGACCUUCUUUGAUGGUAGCUCCAGUGGAAGGAAGAAGCUGGCGAGUCUGAGCAAAGCCUCCCCGGAGAAGACGACCACGUGGAACAUCCUGGACGACGAGCCGCGGGUCUUCCCCACCCUGGCUGGCGACCGUAGCGGCACCCUGGAGUCCUCUGCGAGCAUGAGGAAGAAAGAAGCCACGGUGCUCCUGGCAGCCAACUUCACUGCCAACAACAGGAGUAACAAAGGGGCUGUGGGCAACUGCGUCACCACCAUGGUGCACAACAACUACGCCCCCGCUGACAGGGCCCCCGCACCCAAGAGCUCCAACCAAGCCGCCACCUCGCUCAACAACAUCAUCAAGGCCACGUCCCACGAGGACCACGAGGGCAGCGGCGUGGCAAAGUCGCAGAAGAACUUCUCCAGCAACAACAUCCUGGUGCGCAACAACACCGGCAGCCUGCUCAGGCGGAAGGAGGUGACGGAGGAGGAAGCGGAGAGGUUCAUCCACCAGGUGAACGUGGCCGCGGUGACCAUCCAGCGCUGGUACCGGUGCCACUCGCAGAGGCGCAAGGCGGGGGCAGCCGCGCUCGGGAACGUGCUGGCUUCCAAGAGAGAGGAACGGCAGCAGCAGGCACGGGAGGAGGGAAACAUCCUGGACCUGCAGCGGAGGAAGGACGAGGAGAGGCGGAGGAUCCGCGAGGAGAAGGCGCGCCUGGCCCGGCAGGCGGCCAUCCAGGAGCUGCAGCAGAAGCGGGCGCAGAAGGCCUCGGAGGCGAAGCGGCUGGUGGAGGAGGAGCUGGCGGCGCUGAAGGAGAGCAGGAGGGCCGGGAGGAGGAAGCCCAGCAAGCCGGCCGUGCCCAAGAACGGCAGCCCGGCCAGCAGGGCGUUCAAGGCCAACAAUGCAGAUGCCAGUUUCCACGCUGCGCCAGCUGCAGCCCCUGAGGAGACCCCCCCGCCGGAGCCCGGCCCGGGGCCCAGGCAGGAGCCCGUGGCCGAGGACAGGCAGCAGGAUGUGAGCUCCAGGGAGGUGGCCAGUGAAGACCUGGAGGCGGUGGUGGCCACGGCUAGCUGCGCCCCCUCCAAGGUCACCCUGCACGACCUGCUGGACACCCUCAAGCUGCUGGAGGAGGAGCCGGAGCUGCUGCCCCAGCCCAAGGCCUGCAAGAAGGACAGACAUGCCUGGAUCGAUGGGGAGGCCGACUCCACCUCCCUGACCGCUGACAACCUGGAGAAGCUGGGCAAGCUGAGCCACAGCGCGGGGGGGGCCGGGUACGGGGCCCUGCUGUCCGAGGCCAAGCUGCAGAGCAUCAUCAGCUUCCUGGACGAGAUGGAGAAGUCGGAGCAGGAGCGACCUCGCUCUGCCGCCUCAGCCACGCCGCGGGAGGGGCUCCUGUCCGAGGAGGAGUUGGCUCACUUGGAGCAGGCGUCUGCAGUCGCUACCGAGGUCACCAGCUCCAUCGUGCGGCUGCGGCUGGAGGUGGAGGAGAAGAAGCGUGCCAUCAGCUUGCUGCAGACUGCGCUGGCUCAGCAGCGCGAGCUGACCGUCCGGCACGUCAAGCAGACCGAGAAGGAGCUGAGCCACCAACUCCAGCUGCAGCGGGAGCAGUACGAGGCUGCUAUCCAGAGGCACCUGGCCUUCAUCGACCAGUUGAUUGACGACAAGAAGGUGCUGAGCGAGAAGUGUGAGGUGGUGGUGGCCGAGCUGAAGCAGGUGGAUCAGAAAUACGCCAAAAAGGUCGCCCAGAUGCAGGAGCAGCACGAGCUGGAGAUCAAGAAGCUGAAGGAGCUGAUGAGCGCGACGGAGAAGCUCCGCCGGGAGAAGUGGAUCGACGAGAAAACCAAGAGGAUCAAGGAGAUCACCGUGAAAGGGCUGGAGCCCGAGAUCCAGAAGCUUAUCUCCAAGCACAAGCAGGAAAUCAAGAAACUGAAGGCGCUGCACGAGGCGGAGCUGCUGCAGUCGGACGAGCGGGCGGCCCAGCGCUACAUGCGCCAGGCCCAGGAACUGCGCCAGCUCCUGGAGCGCGAGAAGGAGGAGCAGGGCCAGCGCGAGAGGGAGAUGGCCAGGCAGCGGUACGAGAAGCACCUGGAGCAGGAGGAGCAGGCGUUGCAGCAGCAGCGACGCAGGCUGCACGCCGAGGUGGCCGAGGAGAAGGAGCGGCUGGGGCAGCAGGCAGCCAGGCAGCGGGCAGAGCUGGAGGAGCUGCGGCGGCAGCUGGAGGAGAGCAGCGCUAUGGGCACCAAGGCGCUGAGGGAGGAGUAUGAGAGAGGCCAGGAGGAGCAGGAGAAGCACCAUCAGGCGGAGGUGAAGGCGCUGAAGGAGCGUCUGGAGAUCGAGAAGCAGGCCUGGGAGGCCAACUACGUUAAGAAGGAGGAGGCCUGGCUGCUCUCCCGGGAGCGGGAGCUGAAGGAGGAGGUGCGGAAGGAGCGGGACAGGGAGAUCGAGCUGGUCAUCCAGCGCCUGGAGGCCGACAUGUCAUCUGCCAAGGAGGAGUGCGAGCGGGCGGCGGAGAACAGGAUCAAGAGGGUGAGGGACAAGUACGAGGCGGAGCUGCAGGAGCUGGAGAGGUCGGAGCGGAAGCUGCAGGAGCGCUGCAACGAGCUGAAGGAGCGGCUGGCCGAGCUGGAGGGCGAGAAUAUCCGCCUGCAAGGCCUGGCGAAGCACAAGGAGCAGGAGGCGGACGAGAUCCGCAAGGUGAAGGACCGGCUGACCCAGGAGCGGAGCAGCCUGUCAGAUGUGAUUCGCCAGGAGUUCGCUGACCGGCUGGUGGGGACGGAGGAGGAGAACAAGCGGCUGAAGGUGGAGAUGUCAGAGAUGCGGGCCCGCCAGCGCCUGGAGCUGGACCGUAUUGCCCGGGAGAAGGACGCUGAGCUGGAGGAGGUGCACAGGAGGGUGAAGACGGCCGUGGUGAAGAAAGAGGAAGCCGUGAGCAGCCUGCGGAAGCAGUACGAGGCGGCAGUGAAGAGGGCCGACCACCUGGAAGCCUUGCUGGAGCAACAGCGGAGACAGCUGCUGGCUGCGAAGUGACUCCCUGCCGGCAGGACACUGCCCCCACGCAGCUGGCUGGGGCCCAGACGCCGCGUGCUCCGGGGCGGAGCCGCCCACGUGGGCUCGGACAUUGCCGUGUGCAGGCGCAUGGGUGCGCGGGGAGUUCCUCUGCCCCCCGGCCUGUUUCUGGUGCCUCCAGCCUGUGGCCUCGGUGGCCUUGCAGGUGUAUUUUGGUAGUAAAAGCC